CCUCUUAUGAUAAAUGUGCCUAAGUUUGAUAAUAAUAAAGAAAAUCUAAUACAGCAUAUCCAGCAUAUAGAUUAUGUCUUGGAAUGUACCAUUGGAUUUUUUCUUAAAGAAGUAGAUGUUCAUUUGGGUACAGCAAUGUCUCAUUCCGUCAACAGUCCAGAAGGUCGUACAAGGCUGCCCUCCUCACCAUCUUCAAACUCAAUCAGCUCCCUAACAUCUCCUAGACUUCCUCGUCGAGUUAUAAAUCCCCCCAGACAGAGUCCUCAAUCCUUACCAUCUCAGAUGCCUGUCACAAAAAACGAUGAUUCUUAUGCAAAGAGCUGGAUACAAUUUGAGAAAUUUAAGGCAUGUUUGGGUUGGGUGUUUCCUGAAGUGAACUUUGAUGGGGCAAAUAUUGGCCAAGUGUCGCAAGGCGACCAAAAACUUUCACUAAUUCUUCAGUUCCUAUACCAGAAUUGUCCUAUCAGGCCUCUUCAGUGGAAUGUUGCUACUUCAGUGGUCAGCUAUUCUCUAUAUAUUCUUGACCAUCAACUUAAAGCCAUCAACGCUGAUUUAUCAGAUUUGCUAACCUUCUGUAGAUUUGAAAGUAUAGGGAGUGCAACAGAGGGAACGCUGGUCGGUGCGGCCAACAGAUUUGAUGCAUUGUUUCUUAUUGACAUCUCUAAGUUAACAGAGAUGACAAUACUCCACAACAAUUUUUGUUCAGAUAUUCCAGCUGGUCAUGUGAUUCUUGGUGUGAAAGAUGGUAGUAGCCCAGCUUGUCAAAAUUUUAAGUAUAUUAAGAAGGCUUGUGUACAAAACUUAUUUGGAUUUUAUCUGGUGCCUCAAGAGGUUGAGGAAUAUGUUGAGGCUUUGUUAAAGAAAGCUAUUCUUAAAUUAUAUCGAGAAAGCAAAAGCAAAAUGGACAGACUCCCAUUUAGUUUCCAGCUGUCCCCCACCAAAAAGUUAAACCUGACUAUCGAUACACGUCUGAUGCAAGGUUUAGGGUUAGGCCUCUCUGAAAUCAAUAUUAGAUUUAUACCAGCCUUGAGUUUAUCAGUGGUUGACUUUAGCAUGCUGCCGCCCAUUUAUGCUGUACCAACGUGGGGAUCAGGUACAAAUCAUGAGGCAAAGGGAAACACUUUACCAAAAACUGUGCUGAGCAGAAUAUUCAGAGAUCAAAGUAACAAUGAUCUGUUGUGGAAUAUUUGCACAGACAAGCUUAAUUCUACUGUUAUAAAAAAUUUUGAAAAAAGACUUAAUUUGUCAGGUGUUCGAGGACACCACAAGGAAUGUCUGAUGAUUUUAAAAGCGCUGUUUUCCCAGAGUACUAAGAAUACGCUUUUAAAUAAGGGAGAAAUAGACGCUACUGUGUUGAGUACAGUGAUAAGUUUUCUACUGCAGGAGAGUUCAGCCUCGGCAUGGACCUUGGAGAGCCUUGCUGACAGAGUUUCAGAUUCAAUUCACUUCCUGAAGUCAUGUUUUGAGAAUAUUUUGUUACCCAACUUUUCCGUUCACAACCCCCAUCUUUUGGAGCAGAUCCCAUGUUUGGAAAUGCUGACCCCGCUCUUGUCUGGCAGACAGCAGAAUAUCUUGUCCCAUGUCUCCAAUGAUGCAGCUCUGAAGGUUUUGGGCUACAUAGAGCAACGCCUGCAAGAAACAGGCCUAAGAAAGUGUGUUAAACAAGAGUUUUCUGCCAACAUGUGGGAAUAUGAAUUUUUUAUAUUUGGUUAG